UAGCUUUCUUGCAUUAAAUUUUCAAGGUCUUAUUUUUUUGUUCUACAAAUUUUCUUAUUUCUAUAAAUGAAUACUUUAAUUAAGUUGAAUAAUAACUCUAACUUGUGGAAAUCAGUUCUAAAUAUUACUCGCUCUAUAUCAACAACGAAAAUGGUUCAAAUUAAGGAAGGCGAUAAGGUUCCAUCGAUUGAUCUCUUUGAGGAUUCACCGGCUAAUAAGAUUAAUGUUGCUGAUUUAUGUGCAAAUAAAAAAAUCAUUCUGUUUGCAGUUCCAGGUGCUUUUACCCCUGGAUGUAGUAAGACUCACUUGCCAUCGUACUUACAGCGAGAAUCUGAGAUUAAAGCUAGUGGAGUUAGUGAAAUCGUUUGUGUCAGUGUUAAUGAUCCAUUCGUAAUGAGUGCUUGGGCUAAUCAGUUCAAUACAAAAGGCAAGAUUCGCAUGUUAGCCGAUCCAUUGGCAAACUUUACUAAGGCUGUUGAUCUCUCAAUAGAAUUGCCUCCAUUAGGUGGCUUAAGGUCAAAGCGCUACUCAAUGGUGAUUGAAAAUGGAAUCAUUAAGGAAUUGAAUGUUGAACCCGACGGCACAGGAUUGAGCUGCUCUUUAGCUGAUCGUUUGAAAUUAUAAAUUGUUAUGUGACAUGUUUUAUGUCCUUAUUAAGCUUCCCUUUCGUCAAUUACGAUUUUCGACUAUGUUUAUUAUAGCUGGUUUUUUGAUAAAUAUUUUUCUGAAUUACCCGAAUUUAUUGACUAAGAUUGUUCGACUCAUCACUGCGAGAUCUCGCUUUGAAGCACAGAAAAUCCACUUUUUGGAAAUUGGAAGUUGAUUGAGGUUUAUUGGAUCUUUUCAGACCUAGAAUUUGAGUAUCAUAUUGUUUUGAGUUAUGUACGAAUCUCCAUCAAUUUCCAGUUCCAAAGCAUCCUAAUUCCAAAAUCUUAAUAAAACCUAAUUCUAAAAAGAUUAAAUCUUAACUGAUUAAAAUGUAAUUCCAAAAUAAAUAAAUAAGCAUGUAGCGAAGUAUAA